CCUCCACUCCAUGCCCAGCCACCGCCGGGGCGCCCCCUCCAUCGCCUCGCCGCCGACGCAGCCGUGACACACACCUCCCCGCGUCCACGCCCGCCCCCUUCCCCUGGUUUCUUGAUUUCACCGCCACCACUCAGAUUACUCGCUCUCAUCGAUUCGUCUGACACAACAGUCCGUGUUUGUCAUGGCGCCGCUUCGCGGUGCCAAGCGCCGCAAGAAGGCGGCGGCGGAGAAGAAGGCCGCAAUGGCGGCGGCGGCGGGGCACGGCGCGCCCGGCGGCGACUGGUGGGACGGCUUCUGCAUGCGGAUGGCAGGAACUUUAUCUUCUGUGGAGUCACACAGAUUUGAGUCUAUCUUCAAAAUGCCAAGAAAAACCUUCAACUAUGUAUGCAGUCUGGUGAAAGACGAUAUGAUGGUAAGGGCUAGCAGCUAUACCUUUCUCGAUGGGACGGUGCUGUCAUUGGAAGAUCGAGUAGCUGUUGCUCUGAGAAGGUUGAACUCUGGUGGGUCGCUGGUAACUGUAGGAGCCUCUGUCGGUGUGAACCACUCGACCGUGUCACUGAUAACUUGGAGGUUUGUUGAAGCUGUGGAGGCGCGAGCAGGCCACCAUUUACGCUGGCCAGACUCUGAUGAGAUGGCGAUGAUCAAAUCCAAGUUCGAGAAGAUCCAUGGUUUGCCAAACUGCUGCGGUGUCGUAGACACAACUCACAUCAUAAUGUGCCUGUCCUCGGCUGAACCAAACUGUAAGGUCUGGCUUGACCAAGAAAAGAAUUACAGCAUGGUACUGCAGGCUGUAAUUGAUCCAGAUAUGAGAUUCACAGAUAUUGUGACGGGAUGGCCAGGUAGCAUGAAAGAGGCAAGCAUUUUGAACAGCUCAGGUCUCUUCAAGCUGUGUGAGAAGGGUUCACGGUUGAAUGGGAGCACUCUGAAGUUAUCAUCAGAUGAAUCAGAAGUUGGGGAAUACAUAAUUGGUGAUACAGGAUACCCUUUGCUUCCCUGGCUGCUCACACCUUACCAAGAAAAUGACCUCUCAGAUCCCAAAUUGGAGUUCAAUAGGAGACACUCCGCAGCCAGAGUGGUCGCGUUGAAGGCGCUAGCAAGGUUCAAAGACACAUGGAAGUUUCUGCAGGGAGAGAUGUGGCGCCCUGACAAGCAUAAGCUGCCUCGAAUAAUCCACGUGUGCUGCCUGCUGCAUAACAUAACGGUAGACAUGGAGGAGGAUGCAGCCAUGGAUGAGGCACGGAUAUCUGAUGAUCAUGAUGCGAAUUACAGGCAACAGGUGUGCCUGUUAGCAGAUGAGAAGGCUGUCAACGUGAGAGACAAACUAUCUGAGCAUUUGAACAAUAGGUCAACAGCUGACAAAAUAGGUUAAUGAAAAAUUGUACCUAGGUGCUGCUGUUGAUCUGUGUGUUGCAGGCUUGCAGCUGGUCUUUUGCUGCACAGUUUUUGCAGAAUUGUGGCCAAUCUUCACUGUUGAAACUCGUUUGUAAUCUUAGAGCUAUAGUCCAGCCCAUCAACUUUA